AGAAAAAAAAAAAAGAAACAUCUGCACACUUCAUUCACGGUAGCCGCAAACAACACCGGGCAAUAUGCGAUCCCCGGCCCCCCUCGCCGUCCUGGCACUCGCCGCCACGACCACGGCCGCGCCUACGUUUCACGAACACUACGCCGCCGGGCCCCGUGAGGUCAACCGCCCAACCGUACACGCAAAUGGCACCCAGACGAGGGACGGCGAUUGCGGAUGGCUGCGGGAGUCGUGCCUCAGCAGCUGUGAGGACAAGGCCGACUACUGGAAGUUCAUCUGCCGGGAUGUCUGCAACACGUUUGUUCCCUGCUGAUCGGGCAUUAACGGCAUGAUGUGCUUAUCCGGAGGGGCGGCCGAUCAUUAUCCCUAUUCCACUUCUGCCUCGUGUUUCCAGAAUCAUGCUCUAUUUCCAACAGCUUAUUUCUGGCUGUUUAUUCUCUUUAUCGCAUUACUUGGUCAUUACGGCCCGGAUAUUUUAUCUUCAAAAUCCACAACACUAUUAGGGGAACCACACAGAUAUUAAUGCCACAGUCAUUGCUACAUUACCAGUUACUGCUACAUCACACCGCUUCUCUUCCUUCGCCUUCAUCGAUGCAUACGGUUGCAGGCAUACAGACCGCCCCAUGGUACAUCAGCACA